UGAAGUUCACGACGACGAAAUAAUUAAUAGCCUUUCAAUAUUUUUUAAUUCUAAAACAGAAUACGAAAUUUAUAGUUUUUAUUUAAGUUGUAGGUUUAGGUGAGGGGGCGAAUUAAGCCCAAUGAAACGUGACGACAAUGAUCGAGAAAAUGAAAGGGCUGUACGCUCCUACUGGGGAAGUGUACUGUGGUGCAUGGGCAUCUGUCAAGUGCGAAAAAGUCUACCUCUGCUGGGAAAGCCUAGCACCCCUACUACCAGUGGUAUUGAUUGAAGGGUGGUGCAGAAGAACAACAAAGGGCGGUGCCUUUGCCACACCCCUUUAUUGCUCAGCUGAAAAGCCAAACUUUUAUUUAUAAAAUCAUGACAUAACGUAGAAUUACAAGUCGUAAAAGGGACGGUCGGCGUAAAAGGUUCGAUAUGCAAUAACGGAGAAAAUAAGUUCCCGACUAUGAAAUUGAGGUCGAGCUUUCGGGCUAAACGGCACUUUUUCUAACGCCGGCCGUCGAGAGAAGAAUCUUAAUAAAAUAAUAUAAUAAUAAGAAUAAUAACGAAAGGAUCGUGUUUUGUUGAAAGCAAUGAAAAGGCCGAGGAAAAUGAUAUGAGCAGGGGCGGAAGAGGGGGCCGGGCGGCGGUGGCGAGUCAGUCGACAGUGUCGACACUCGGAGUCUCACUCUCGACGUCGACAGUCGGUGCCGAGAUGUCGGAGAGUUCGGAGGACGAUGAGUGGCCGGUCAGCUCGUUUUGGCUUGAGCACAUCCUCUCCGAUUACCACGGCAGCCGUGUCACCGUCCGCGAUUACCAUUUGGCUCAGAAAGAAUCCGCCCUGAGUGACAUCCUCUCAGUGUCCGUCACCUACGCCCACGGGCCGGACGAGGAAGUGACCUGCACGCAACGCGAUCUCGUACUCAAGCUGCUUCCGCGAGAUCCCUUCAGCAGGUUCUUCGUCACUGAGGCCCAAUUCGAUCUCAGGGAAAUCAAGUUUUAUACAAAGAUUGCUCCAGAGCUGCAUGAAUUUCAGAAGGACUACCUCAUCGAACCUGAAAAAUCUAUCGAACUACCUAUUCCACAAUGUUACCAUGCGCGAUACUCUGGCUCUGGUGACAGUCCAGUAGAGUCGGUUCUGGUUCUUGAAAACUUAAAAUCCUCUGGUUAUGAGGUGAUGGAGUUUGCUCGAGGACUGACCUUAGACCAGGCAAAAUCAGCAUUGGAAGCAGUUGCAAAAUUGCAUGCUCUUUCCCUCGCGAUGAAAGUUAAAGAAGACAUCCCACUGGACAAAAAAUACCCUUUCUUGUUUCAAACAGCCCGUGCCACAGACUCAUAUCAACAGUUAGUCGAAAGGGGAUUGCCUCAACUGGCACAGUUCUUGGAGACCCGUCCUGGACAUGCAGCAGUGAUGGAAGCUCUCAUCAGCAUGAAGAAUGAUACUAAAGAACUCAUAUCUUCUCUCCUAACCCCUAGAGAGCCAAUGGCACUCAUAACCCACACUGAUUUUUGGUGCAACAACUUGCUCUUUAGAAGUGAUAACAGUUGCAAGAUACUCGAUUGGCAGAUGGUUACCUACUCUAGGCCAACAAACGAUGUUGCUUUACUUAUUGUCAGUUCUGUGCCAACUGAACUCAGGAGGCGUCACACAAAUACACUUUUAGACCACUAUUGGGGAAAAUUUACAGAAUUGUCUAAGCUACUGAACAUCGAUAUUGAAAUAACUCUUUCUUACACAAAAGGGGAUUUGACAGCAGAUUUCAAAAGAUCUCAACUGCUUGCAUUGCUCCUCUGCAUCGGAUCUGUCGAUGUCGCCCUUGGAGAUCCCGUUACCGAACAGCGUCUUCUUGAUUUGCUACAAGAUCUCCAUGAUGAAGGAAUACUGUCAAAAGAUAUUGUCUAGUCUUGCAAACAAUACUUUGUGAAAUAACAGUGCUCACCAAGUUUUAAAGACAAAUUAUAACUGUACCUAUGGGGGUAAGGGAUGCUUGGCAAAUUUUAUCUACUGUCUGUUGUUCAAUUAAUUUCUGCUUCCAUAUACAUUUUGAUCUAUUAGUUUUAUUACUAUGAUAUGAGUUCCCCUAAAACUAUAUUCCCCUCCCUCUCUGUCUCAAAGCCAGAUUAAAUAGGGACCAAGUUCCUAGAGUGCCAAAAUAUGACCCCUUUGUAUUUACUGUUAUUAUAUAUCCCUCUAAGAUACAGUAGAUUUAUAGUUCUGGUUUUCUAGUUCUUAAUAUAUUUAUAAAUUGAACUUUAAGCCAACAAAUAUUCUAAUAAAUAAUUCUAAGUUAUAUAUUUAUUUGAAAUAAGGUUUUCCAAAGAUGUGUCAACUUAUGUUAAGUAUUGCUAAAUUUCAAAUGUUCUAUUAAAAGUAUUAAUAAAUGUAAAAUCUCCUUCUUUACCUUAAAAAAGCAUAACCUUGUAAAAAUGCCCACAUCAAAUUAUGAUUAAUGUCCAAAGUUUUAAAGAAUGAUUUAUAAUUUGUGGUAUACUUCCAAACACAGUGAAAUUUCCAACAUGUUACCAGGGAGUGCAAUUUUGUAUACAAUUUCAAUGUUCUUGGGCCUUACAAUACAAGCAAAAUAUUUAAAAAUAACUAAAAAGGUAUUUUGCAAAAAAAAAUUUAGCAAACAAAAUUUUUUUUCUGUCUUGUACAAAACCGAAAAAUAUACCGAAAAGAAUGACAUUGCUGGGUUUAAAAGGACGUGAGUAUUGCACAGAAAAACCAAAAGAGCACAGUAUGUUUUGAAAACUGUCCUGUUUUCAUAUCAUGUAUGUCAUGAUUUGCACCAAUGAGUAGUAGGGGCCCUGUCAUGACAUACAAGACCACUCGCUGAAUGUGUUAAUUUAAGAACAGAAUCUUUUGUUACAAAUGAAAUGAAUUUACUGAAUUGUUCCAACCCAAUAAAGUUGAACUAAAGACACCCAUAAAAAAAUAAA